AUGGAGGUUGCCCGCAAUCUACCGGCCGUCACCACGGAGAUCGUGAGCUUCAGCGACAGCGUCGACCAGCUCCGCAGCAUCAACGCCGAGGUCGUGGCCAUCUCUACGGGCUUGCACCUGGGCCAAGACACCACUCACGGAGAAGAUGACAAGCUGUUCGGCGCCGCGCUGCGUGGACUGGUCACGGACGAGGUGGACGAGAAGCUCGGGGCCACGCUGCGGGGAUUUCGCAUCUACGGGAGAGUUGGUAACCAGGUCAUGAGCAUCAACCACGAGCCCAGGUGCUGCAUCAAUGCAGUGUGUGGCUCGGAAGACGUGCAGAAGGAAAUAAAUGGUGACUUCGUCGUACUGCUCACGGACACUAAGAAGAAGAAGAAGAAGAAGAAGGAGGAGGAGGAGGAGGAGGAGGAGGAGCAAAUAUACUACCAGUGCACGAAUAGAAAUACUGGUAACAUCGUGAAGUAG